GUGGAACAUGAUUGGCACAUGGUCUAUCUGGCUCGCGAAGAGGGCAGCCCGGCGGAACACGACGGUUGUAUUGAAUGGGUGCUGGAUUUGAAUGAGACCGAAUACUCGGUUGGCAAGGUGUCCUUGUUUGCGUCCAUGGUGUGCCACUCUGCGGAAUCGCAUGCGCAAAUUACUUUGUGUUCGUCUCGCAGGCGGGAAACGAACAAAGAGCACGACGCGGGCGACACGAGAACCGAAACGCAAAUUGACGAGGCUUCCGGUGGAGCCUGUGUCCGUGUCACACCUGGCUCGAAUGGGCUGUUUCAAAUGACUGAUUUUGUGGGCGCGAAAACGCUGCGCCUGAGUGUUCGUCUCUGGUCCGACUCAUCGUCUGCCCUGGCCUGGCAAAAGUCGCAACUGUUCCGUCAGAAGGAUACAGACUACGUCCUCUGGCCUCUCGAGUGGAAUGUGGAACUGAUUCAUGAUGAGAAAACCGAGUAA